AUGGGGCCAGACACCUUCGGUCCUUACGCGCUCCUUCUGCGACGACGCGGUCUUUUUGCUGCAUGUCUUGUCUUAGUUCUAAUCGCCCUCUUGGUCAUGUUGUCAGAACAUGCACCAGUCCAGUCUACUGACACUCUGGCUACCCCACCACCACCACCGUCACAAUCCGCUGAGGCCAUUGUUACUCCAGCUAAGGACAUUGACCCACUUGGUCCCAAACACACCCUACACGGAUCCCCAACAGCGUCCUUCCGAGACAACUUGCUACCCCAACACAAGUAUAUCACCUCCUGGCUAUCAGCUGGAUGGACGAACGACGUUUACACUUACAUCAACCUCAUAUACCUUGGCUUAAUAACGGACCGCAUACCAAUCGUGCCAAUGUUUAUUCCGUCCCAUGUUGGAGGUCAUGUCCCUCCCAUUCCAUUUGGGGAGGUCUUUGACGUCCCCCGACUGCGAAAUGAAAUCGGAAAAUCUGUGUUAGAGUGGAGAGAUGUCAAGGACAUCAAUAGCACCGAGAUCGACGAUAUUGGUUGUUGGAAUGUAUGGGAGUCCGUGCAGUAUCGAGAAGCCUUUCCCCGGCGGAGUCGAAUUCCAGAUGACCUUAACCUUGACAUUUCCUACACCAAAACUCCCGAGUGGAUCAAGAUGAUUCCGAACUAUGAACAUGAUCAACAUGUCACCUUCUGGUCGCUUGCAACUUUGGCCUUUCCCACGACUCGUAAAGCGAGCUUGGUCCCCCCACUACCAUCUCCCAAACACAAUGUUUCCCUUCCCCCGGACGAGCAUCUUUUAUGCUAUGAUUAUCUAUACUACGUGUCGGCACACCAACCCUUUGAAAUGGAAUACGACUAUGUGAGUCUUGAUUCCUUAUCACAAUGCAGUCCCGCUUGGCGAUAUGUUGGCACUCAUAUGCAUUGGACACCCACUCUCGAGAAGAUUGCGGACGAAUAUAUUCGCAAGGCUCUGGGUGUUGCAGACGACUCAUCAAUCCCUCCUUUCAUCUCGCUUCACAUUCGCCGCCUUGAUUUCAAAGUCUGGUGCAACGACGUGCCGAUCGAUGAAUGCUUCGCACCUCUCAGUGUCAUUGAGCGUCGCGUUCGCGAAGUCCAAGACGAAAUCACAAAACGAACGGGCAUGAUUGUACCACACGUCUUGGUCACUAGCGACGAGCGCAGUCCGGAAUGGUGGCACGAUGUAGCUAAGCAAGGGUGGUUUUCGCCCGACCACACAGACACGAAGGAACAUUACGGCGAAUGGUAUCCUGUUCUCAUUGAUGCUGUGAUCCAAUCACGAGGAGUAGGGUUUGUUGGAACGGACAGGUCGACCAUGUCCAUCAUUGCAGCGCGCAGAGUGGAGGAUUGGAGUAAUGGGCCCCAUAGACUUGUCAAAUGGGGGACAAAAGACGCUGACGAUCACUGA